GAUGUGCCUCACCAAGGCCAAGCAGAAGGGCAGAAUCAUAUCUCUCAGCCUGCUGGCCACACUCUUCCUGAUGCACUCGAGGAUCUCAUUGGCCCUCCUGGCUGUAAGGGCCCUGCCAGCUCAUGGUCAACUUGUCACCCACCAGGACUCCCAGGUCCUUGUCUGCAGAACUGCUCUCUAGUAGCCUAUCAAGGUCCCUCUGAAUGGCACAGCCUUCAGGUGUAUCAGCUACUCCCCCCAGUUUCAUAUCAUCAGCGAACUUGCUGAGGGUCGCCCUGCAGUUCCCUGACGAGCUCCUGGCAGACGCAGUGGAGGUGGCAGCGCGGAUGGAGGCAGCGACCGGGGCGGAGAUGUACGUGUUAGGAGACACCACAUACGGCAGCUGCUGCGUGGAUGAAGUGGCUGCUGAGCACGUGGGUGCUGAGGCAGUGCUGCACUACGGCCCAGCCUGCCUCAGCCCCUGCAGAAAGCUCCCGGUGCUGCACAUCUUCGGGCAGCAGCCCCUGGACGUCGGGCGCUGCACAGAGGUGUUCCGGGAGCUCUACCCUGAGCGGCAGAGCCGUGUGGUGGUGCUGAGCGAUGUGGUCUAUGCCCAUGCGAUGGGCGAGCUGGAGCAGCAACUGCGUCCCGAGUACCCCAAUAUCAUCUUCUCCAGGCUGGUGUGUGGAGACCUUCCUGGCCCCGCAGUGCCUGGGGAGGAGCGGAAGUUUGGUCGCCAGUUCUUGGUGGAGGCUGCUGGAGGGCUGCAGGACUAUGCCAUGUUCUAUGUGGGAGCUGAGGGCCUCGCCCUCACCAGCUUCAUGCUGACCUGGAACCGCUGCCCCUUCAGCUCCUUCAGCCCCAUCACCGGCUGCGGCCGCCGUGAGACCCUCAAUGUCAACCGGGCCCUGAUGCGCCGCCUGUACCUGGUGGAGCGGGCCCGGGAUGCCAGUGUGGUGGGCAUCCUGGUGGGCACCCUUGGCGUGGCGGGCUACCUGACCGUGCUGCAGCACCUCCGGGAGCUGCUGUGCCGGGCUGGAAAGCGCAGCUACACACUGGCCGUGGGGAAGCCCAACCCCGCCAAGCUGGCCAACUUCCUGGAGGUGGAUGUCUUCGUCCUGGUGGCCUGUGCUCAGAACUCCCUCCUGGACUCCAGUGACUUCUACCGACCUGUUGUGACCCCCUAUGAGCUGGAGCUGGCCUGCAACCCGGCCCGUGAGUGGACAGGGAACUACCUCACAGACUUCCGAGACCUGCUGCCCGGUGCCUGUGCGCACGUUGAGCUCCCACCGGCUGUUCCCGCAGCGGAGGCUGUUCCCGACGUCUCGCUGAUCACGGGGAAGAUGCGGGCUACCCACCUCUGUGACCCCCCGACCUCCCAGCUGCCCCCCAGCACCACUCUGGCCUGCAGGGACCAGACACGGGCGCUCGCAGAGAUCAGCCCUGCAGCCUCCUUCCUGGAGUCCCGCAGCUGGCGGGGCCUGGAGCAGCAGCUGGGACAGACCCCCGUCUCCAAGGCUGUGCAGGGCCGACGAGGGAUUGCCAUUGCCUAUGAGGAUGAAGGGUGUGAGCAACCCUGAUUCGGCAGUGUUGGCAUCCAACCAGGAGUGGGGCCAUGGGGGGGCCCAGGCAUUGCCUCCCACUGGGUGCUGGACCUGCUGCCAGCUGGCUCCUUGCUGGAUGCAGCCUUGGGUCCACAGUACAGCAGUGGGAGAGCAGGAGUUGCAUGUGUGUUGGGGAAUGCCUGUGGCACCCUGAGGCUCAUGGCCAGGGCAGCAGCAGGGCCAGGAGAGACAGGCACUUGGCCCAGACCCAGUCUCCAAGGGCUUCUCCAUCCAGGGCAGCUUUGUGCCUACAGGGAAAGGUUACAACUUUGCAAGAGCUGACAGUGCUGGGACUUGAGGCUUUUGUGGACUAUUGCUGCUAACUAAAGCUGAAGAGGAUUUGUGAUUGAACUGGUUUUUAGAAUAAAACAUGGGCUGAGGAGCAUA